AGUCUUAAAGCUCGUAUUGUGAAGUGUGUUUGCAUCGUGUUAUUUUUUGUUAAGAAUCAUCCGUGUGACGUUCAAAAAUGUAUCAGCGGCAAGUUUCCUUUGAUAAGCCGACUCGCAUCGAGGACUCGGCGUAUAUUGCGGAGGGGGUGGACAUGCAGGAGGCUCGCAACACCUACCUGCUGUUCUCGCCCAAGGACUCUUCGCUAGCCAGUGGCGCCUUAGCCAAUACCCUGGCCAUAUUCAAGAAGCACGACAUCAAUCUGGUGCACAUCGAAUCGCGCUCCUCGCUGCGUGUGCCUGGCUACGAGUUUUUCGUGGAAUGCGAUGGCAAAUCCGGGGCUCUGGGCAAGGCCAUUGAGGAUAUGAAGGGGGAGUGUAGCUACUUCAAUAUCAUCUCUCGCGAUUACAAGGAUAAUGCGACGGCAGUGCCUUGGUUCCCGCGUCGUAUACGCGAUCUGGAUCGUUUCGCCAAUCAGAUUUUGAGCUACGGCGCCGAACUAGACUCGGAUCAUCCCGGCUUCACAGAUCCCGAGUAUCGCAAGCGUCGCAAGUACUUCGCAGACAUUGCAUAUACCUAUAAGCAUGGCGAGCAGCUACCGCAUGUGGACUACACCAAGGAGGAGAUCGAGACCUGGGGCAUCAUGUUUCGCAAUCUGACCAAACUCUACAAGACACAUGCUUGCAGGGAAUACAAUCACGUCUUCCCACUGCUCGUGGACAACUGUGGCUUUCGCGAGGAUAACAUACCACAGCUCGAAGAUGUUUCCAACUUCCUAAGAGAUUGUACUGGCUUCACUCUUCGUCCGGUUGCUGGUCUGCUCAGUUCUCGCGAUUUCUUGGCUGGGCUCGCGUUCCGCGUCUUCCACUCCACCCAGUACAUUCGGCAUCCCAGCAAGCCGAUGUACACACCGGAACCAGAUGUCUGCCACGAGCUGAUGGGGCAUGUGCCACUGUUUGCAGAUCCGGCAUUUGCCCAGUUCAGUCAAGAGAUUGGCUUGGCCUCUCUGGGCGCACCCGAUGAUUACAUUGAGAAGCUGUCCACGAUCUUCUGGUUCACCGUGGAGUAUGGCAUGUGCCGUCAGGAAGGUGAGCUGAAGGCCUUUGGCGCCGGUUUGCUCUCAUCCUAUGGCGAGUUGGAGUACUGUUUGACGGACAAGCCGCAACUGAAGGACUUUGAGCCGGAAAUCACUGGCGUUACCAAGUACCCCAUCACCCAGUUCCAGCCGCUUUACUAUGUUGCCGAUAGUUUUGAGAGUGCUAAAGAAAAGACUAUUAAAUUCGCCAACUCUAUACCACGUCCGUUUGGAGUUCGUUACAAUGCCUACACACAGAGCAUUGAAGUGCUCGACUCGAAGCCGCAAAUCUCGAAUCUGAUGAACAACAUCAACAGCGAGUUUCAGAUACUCCAGAAUGCGGUUGCCAAGCUGCGCGUUUAAUUCCCUUACUAUUUUAGCUUAAGAAAUGUUUUAUAUUUUUUAUGAAUUGAAUAAUAUGAUAUGAUAUUGA